CCAUCAGGAAGUUCAGGUGUUUCGUUCAGGUAACUUCUUGUUAGCGCUGAAAAAUUAUUUGGACGUUUUUAGACGGUUCGCUGAAAUCUGCUUGUUUCUGUAGCCCGUGGCUGUAAUUUAUAAUAAGAACUUCAGUCCACCCAGGGUUUUGAAAUGGGGAAAGGGGAUGCCAAAGUUGGUAAACCUGAUAACACAGCAUUUACCCAGCAGAGAUUGCCUGCAUGGCAGCCCAUCCUGUCUGCUGGGAUUGUGUUGCCCCUGUUCGUCGUUAUUGGAUUUACCUUUAUUGGGAUUGGAAUCGGUCUUUUCAUCACCUCCAAAAAUGUUCAAGAGAUUGAGCUGGAUUAUACAGGUGACCAGCAGGGGUCCCCAUGCGCUGGCUGCACCACUAAUGCGACAGCAAAUUGCAAGUGUACAUUGCCCUUCAAGAUAGAAAAUACAUUUCAGGGACCUGUUUUCAUGUACUAUGGCUUAACAAAUUACUACCAGAACUAUCGAAAGUAUGGAAUUUCCCGGGAUGACGACCAACUGUUCGGAAAUGUCGACAGUCUAAAGAGUCCAGCAAAUUCUUGUACUCCAUACCAGAUGGCUGCAAACCAGAUGCCAAUCGCUCCCUGUGGAGCUAUUGCAAACAGUCUUUUUAAUGACACCUUCAGACUGUUUUAUCAGGUUAAUGGGGUCUACACUGAAGUGUUGUUGGAUGGCGAUGGAAUCUCAUGGUGGACAGAUUACAAUGUGAAAUUCAGAAACCCACCAGAAAUAAAUGGAAGUUUGAAAAAUGCAUUUGAAGGAACAGUGAAGCCGUUGAACUGGCCCAAGCCUGUUUAUGAGCUGAGCACCAACCCCAACAACAAUGGAUUUAUUAAUCAGGACUUUCUGGUGUGGAUGAGAAUUGCAGCUCUGCCGAACUUUAGGAAACUCUACCGUCGGAUAUCGGAGGGAAACUGGUCUCGAAGCUUGCCUGCUGGAAACUACAGCCUUGAAAUAACCUACAAUUAUCCAGUGCUUGAUUUUCAAGGAAAAAAGAAAGUGGUUUUCAGCACUGUGACUUGGAUGGGGGGGAAGAACAACUUCCUGGGAAUCGCCUACUUGGUUUUUGGGAGUCUCUGCAUUGUCAUGGCUCUCAUAAUGCUUAUUGUAUAUGCAAAAUAUCAGGUCCAGAUAGACCGUGAUAUGUGAGCUCCAUCUCCUGCAUUUACUCACAUGAGGAGGAUUACUUUUUGUCUUGGAUAAUGGCUUUACUCACCUGUGAAAGCUGCUGGACUGAACCUAUAUUGCUUGGAUUAGUUGAAUAAGUGUGGCUAGUUUGAAACCGGUACCUCACGUCAGGCUCAUGAUGUAAAAAUCUAAGGAGGGUUAUGUUGAGAAAUGAGUAAAACUCGCACUGCACUUUUUAUUUGUUCACAACAGCGUCAGAAUAUUAUCUAUCAAAUCACAUUUAGCGAUGUUGUUUAAACACUACAACUGCAUUAGGUUAUUAUAAAUAAUUAUUGUACUACAUUAAGAAAAAUUGGGCCCUGUUCACAAAACUUGCAUCCCUUUCGCUUGUAAGUGUGUGUCUGCUUUCUAUCAGGGUUAAGAAACAUUCAAAUCAUCAAAACAUUCUAUAAAUAAAAUGUGCUAAAGUUUUGCCUUAAUCAGGAGUUGAUUGGCUCAACAUAUACCCCACCAGGAUACCCCACAGUGGCAUUUUACAGUAGUCGGGAAUGCACCUGGAUUGCAUCAAGAACCUUUUUAUUACAGGUAAUCCAAGGAUAAUCAUGGAUAGGUGGUUGAUACAAUCCACAGUCAUUUCACAGGGCAAUAAAUCAGAUGUGGUUUAUCAAGGUGGGGUAUAGUAUCAAAACAACAGCUGUCACAAUGGGCUUGCAGUGAAUCUUGCACAAUGGUGUGUUUUAUUUAUUUUUUAAAUCUCAGUUUAAUUGCACCUUUAGAUCUGAUUGCACAGAAAACUUAAGAGAAAGAACAUAGUGGUUUAUCAUCUCUGUGCUUAUUGUAAUUUACGUGAACAAAAAAGUUAACUCAGUUCAUGUAAAAUUCAUAAAAAUAAUUUUGAUCGAAAUCCUGACAAUUAUACAUGUCCAAAUUAUUUAUUGUGGUACUUGAGAAACAGGCAUUUUAGAAUAUUUAUUUAUUCCUUGCAUGUUACUGAUUAAGGGGGCUAACCGGGUAGAAGCUCCAACCUUUAUAACCGUACAGUGAAAACCACAAUCUGAUUGCGUUUGAUAAUUCAUUAAAUUACAAAAAAGUAGCAGGUUUAGAAUUGACAACAAAGGAAAUGCGAUUUCUACAGAAUGCAGUAAUUAAUUUACAAUUGGGAAUUGUUACGUGAUUUACACUGUAUUCAUCUUUAUCUGUAAAUGUGAAAUAUGCUAAGAGAGUUGUUCUAUUUUUCUACAGCAACUGAUGGUGCGGGGUGCGUCUGGCAUUGUUUAAAAAGGUUGGGGUUCUGCUUGUCUUUCUGUGUCUUAUUUUCAUUGUAUGUGGAAGGUUUGCAGAUAUUGGGGUUAGGCAUUGGACUGAUCUGAGCCCUUAGUUAGGAAAUAAUCGUCUGUUACAAGGUUUUGCACUGAUAUAACUGGUCUAACAAAAAAAAAAAAAAAAAACUGAAACUGUACACUUCAAGAAAAAGCUAAACAAACACGCCCACAUAAUAAACACAAAACCUGGAUUUAAUUUUCUGAUUCGUACUGCUGUGGCAGGGCAGCAGGAACAAUAGGUGAAAUGUAAAAUAGGGUAUUUUUUGAUUUCUACUGUUAGACGGUUCAGUUUUUAAAAAUAAAUGUCAAACUAGGACUAUACUAAAAAUCAUAGUCCCUUUUAUAUUUUUUCUUAGGAAAUACAAUAUAGUGGGCUUUUUAUAAAGUGAAUUAAAUGGGGAAACCAAAAACUUUUUGAAAAUGUGUAUGAACGUAAAUAUUUUUUUUCAUUCAUGAGGCUCAAAAUUGGUUCAAUAGGAUAUUCAUAGAGAAUUGCUUGGUCUCCUUGUAACACUGGUCUAGUACUUGACUAGCUCUCUGUUUACACUGAACAGGAUACUUAUUGUGCCUUUUGUGUUUUCUGAAAUAGCACAGUUCAAUAAUGUUCUUGUUUUUAUUUUGUGGAUUUUUUAAAAUAAGAUAUGCUGCUGUACAGUACACUUUAAAAAAAAAAAGUCACACUUUGCACCUUUUUUAAGCUAAACUAUGUACUGUAAGGGAUCUGGGUUUUGGACUGUACUGUUUUAUGUGCCUUUGUUUUAAACAUUAUGACUGUGAUCUGCAGCCAACUAAAUAAAACAAUACCUUCACUAA